GAUCUCAUGUUCAAAAUAAAAAAUCAUUGAAAGUUGAAGCUAUGUUGGUAUUACAUGUGGGUCUCUCUAACAAACAACCAAGCAUGGCUAUAUGAAUAGAGAGCAACUUCACUUCUCAGACCCCAACUGUGUCAGAACAUUUCAACACACAUUCUCAUACAUACAAACAUCCCAAAUCCCAAAUCCCAAAUCCCAAUCCCUAAUCUCUAAAUCCUAAUCCAGGUAGGUAUAUGCUCCUACCCACCCAAUUAUUCCCCAAUUUCACUUCCUCACACUUUAAAAACUCACCCUAAAAUUAUAAAUAUUAUUAUUAAUAUUUUCCUCUUUUCUCUCCACCAUGGCUACUAUCACAGACCAAGACUACUCACGUGCUUCUCACGUGCUCCAUGACGCCACCACCUCAGACGACGACGCUCAGGACAGCGACGACGACGACGAAGAGGAGGAGAAGCACGCGCCGGACACCACCGAGUUCUCCGCCGUCCGCUGGCGAUUGCCGGAGGUGUGCGGCGGCGCGCGGCGGAGGGGAGGAUUGGGGCUGCGUCGGGUUUUGGACCCGAGGGCGAGAUGGGUCCAGGAAUGGAACCGGGUGUUCUUGCUAGUGUGCGCCAUGGGGUUGUUCGUGGACCCUCUCUUCUUUUACGCGCUCUCCGUUAGUGAAUCCUGCAUGUGCGUCUUUGUUGACGGUUGGCUCGCCGUUACUGUAACGGUGCUGCGUUGCAUGACGGACGCGUUCCACGUGUGGAACAUGUUGCUGCGUUUCAAGAUGGCGAAACGGUCGUUUGGAUUGGGCGCCGCCGCAGCUUCGGCGGCGGACGGUGGCUCCUCCGACGGACUUAUAGACACGAGGCCUGGCUCUGUUGCUCUUGGUUAUAUCAAGUCACGGACGGGCUUCUUCUUUGACUUGUUUGUUAUUCUUCCUCUUCCCCAGAUUAUGCUUUGGGUGGCAAUCCCCUCGCUGUUGGAGAAGGGUUCAGUUACGUUGGUGAUGACAGUGUUCUUAAUUAUAUUUCUCUUCCAAUACCUUCCCAAAAUUUAUCAUUCUGUUUGCCAUCUACGAUACACGCAAAACCUCUCUGGCUACAUUUUUGGCACAGUUUGGUGGGGAAUCGCCCUUAACAUGAUCGCUUAUUUUGUUGCUUCCCAUGCCGCAGGGGCAUGUUGGUACUUGUUGGGGAUUCAAAGGGCAAGCAAGUGUCUGAAAGAGCAAUGUGGGAAAACAAGUGGCUGUGGCAUGAAAAUAUUGUCUUGUCAAAACCCUAUAUAUUAUGGAAGCAAUAACAUGUUAAGGGACAAAGGAAGAAUAGCAUGGGCAGAGAACAGGGAAGUAAGGAAUAUGUGCUUAAAUGGCCCUGACAACUACACAUAUGGAGCUUAUAGAUGGACCGUUCAGCUUGUCACUAAUGAUAGUCGAUUGGAAAAGAUACUAUUCCCUAUCUUUUGGGGCCUAAUGACUCUCAGCACUUUCGGGAACCUAGAGAGCACAACGGAAUGGCUAGAAGUAGUUUUCAACAUCAUUGUUUUAACUAGUGGCCUCCUUCUUGUCACUAUGUUGAUUGGAAACAUCAAGGUGUUUUUGCAUGCAACAACAUCAAAGAAACAAGCAAUGCAAUUGAAGAUGAGGAACAUUGAAUGGUGGAUGAGGAAAAGGAGGUUACCUCAAGGGUUUAGGCAGCGAGUGCGUAACUAUGAAAGACAGCGUUGGGCUGCUAUGCGUGGCGUUGAUGAAUGCGAAAUGACCAAAAAUCUUCCUGAGGGUUUAAGAAGAGACAUCAAGUACCAUCUUUGUUUGGACUUGGUCAGACAGGUGCCACUUUUUCAACACAUGGACGAUCUGGUUCUAGAGAACAUCUGUGACCGUGUGAAGUCUCUGAUAUUCACAAAGGGAGAAAUAAUAGCAAAAGAAGGAGACCCAGUUCAGAGAAUGCUAUUUGUUGUAAGGGGUCACCUUCAAAGUAGCCAAGUUCUAAGGGAUGGUGUGAAAAGUUGUUGCAUGUUAGGUCCAGGAAACUUCAGUGGCGAUGAGCUUCUUUCGUGGUGUUUAAGGAGACCCUUCAUAGAGCGUCUUCCACCAUCAUCAUCCACACUCAUCACAUUAGAAACCACAGAGGCAUUUGGUCUUGAAGCACAAGAUGUUAAAUAUGUGACACAACAUUUUAGGUACACAUUUGUUAAGGAAAAGGUGAAAAGAAGUGCAAGGUAUUACUCACCAGGGUGGAGAACUUGGGCUUCUGUGGCCAUUCAAUUGGCAUGGAGAAGGUACAAACAUAGGUUGACUUUGACUUCAUUGUCCUUUAUAAGGCCUAGGAGGCCUUUGUCAAGGUGCUCUUCCUUGGGAGAAGAUAGGAUUCGCCUCUACACGGCUUUGUUGACCUCACCAAAGCCUAAUCAGGAUGAUUUUGACUUCUGACCAUGUGGGUGUGUAUUUUUAUUGUUUAAUUCAUCUUAUGGGUGG